GGCCCCCCGCGCUCGCUGCGCCCCAGGCCCGGGAGGGCGAGGAUGGGCUGAGCACCGCGGGGCUCUCUCCCCGGACGGGGGGGACCCGCGGCCCGGCCCGCACCCGCCCGGCUCGGAGAGGGAGCGGUGGCGCCGCCUGCCCGCUGCGGGGCUCGGCGCAGAGCAGCGAGGCGGGAGGAGACGGACUCCGCCGGGCCAGGCUCCGCUCCCGCCGGCCCGAUCCCCCGCCGGGCAGCCCGUGGCAAAGAGCAGGUGGAUGCGAGCAUGACUCGGGCGAUUAAUAUUCCGGCAGCGUGCCCAGCCUUCCCCGCGCGCUGCGCCAGAGCCUAGCAGCCUGCGAGCCAGAGCCCGCACCAGCCUCGCCGCUGCACCCAUGGUCCCGGCCCUGCGGCUCUCCGCGCCUGGCACCCGUUACCAUGUUAGCGCCUGCUCUCCGCCUGGAGCUGAGCUGCGGGAGAGUCUGGCUCCUGCUCCUCUUGCUGCUGGGUUGCGGCCUCGCCCGGGAAGCGGGGUCGGCCCUGAACUGCCCCCCAAGAUGCGUGUGUGCCAGCAACAUCAUCAGCUGCUCCAAGCUGGGCCUGGGGAUUAUCCCCCCUCAGCUGCCUCGCUUCACAGCCAUCCUGGACCUCAGCCACAACAACCUGACCCGCCUGCGGGCGGACUGGACCCCCGCCCGCCUCCCCCACCUCCACUCCCUGCUGCUCAGCCACAACGCCCUGGGCUUCAUCUCCACCGAGGCCUUCUGCCACGUCCCGCACCUGAGGUACCUGGACCUCUCCUCCAACAGCCUCAAGGCGCUGGAGGAGUUCCUCUUCAGCCAGCUGCAGGAGCUGGAGGUGCUGCUGCUCUACAACAACCAGAUCGCCCAGAUGGACCGCAGCGCUUUCGAUGACAUGGCCAGGCUACAGAAACUCUACCUGAGCCAGAACCAGAUCUCCCGCUUCCCGGUGGAGCUGGUGAAGGACCGGGCCAAGCUGCCUGACCUGGCCCUGCUGGACCUUUCCGCCAACAAAAUCAAGGGCCUGCCGGUCACGGCCCUGAAAGGCCUCCCCGCCUGGAUGAAAAACGGACUCUACCUCCACAGCAACCCGCUGAACUGUGACUGCGGGUUGUACGAGCUCUUCGCUCACUGGCACGCCCGCCAGCUCAGCUCGGUGGUGGACUUCCGGGAGGAGCUUGUGUGCAGCCUGCCCCAGGCCAAGCGCAGCGUCAGUGUCUUCACCCUCAACCGCCACAAUUCCCUCAAUUGCAGCGAGUUCAAGGAGCACAUGCUGGAGACCUACCUGGGGGACACGGUGACCAUCGACUGCGACACCAAGGUCCGGGGGGCGACCACCAGGGAGUGGGUGACCCCAACCAACAGGCGCUUCCCAGAGGAGUCUGCCAACAGCACUAUGACCGUGCUGGGCAACGGCAGCCUGCAGAUCCGCCCCAUCCGGGUGGAGGACAUGGGCACCUACACCUGCUACGCGAUCAGCCAGGCCUUCAACGAGACCCUCUAUGUGGACGUGAUGGUCCACAACUUCACCCAGCACGGGCCUCACGACACGCUGAACACGGCCUACACCACGCUGGUGGGCUGCAUCCUCAGUGUCAUCCUGGUGCUCAUCUACCUGUACCUGACGCCAUGUCGCUGCUGCUGCCGGAGCAAUGAGAAGCUGGCCGCCCCACCAGAGGACAGCAUCAACUCCUCCAUGCUCAGCACCACGCCCAACCACAACCCCGAGGCAGGCGGCCGGAAGGGAAGCCUCAGCCACCUUGCGGCUUGUGGCCCCAUGCAAGGCCAGAACGGCAAGAUCAAACCCAACAGCAUGCCAGAGCAGGCAGCCAGAAGGGCCCAGAAGGCCCACAGGAAAGUGUCAGACCCGGACUCUGUCAGCUCUGUCUUCUCGGACACGCCCAUUGUAGUGUAGGUGUUUGGAAGACACGGAGAGGUGGGAGUGUUGCAGAGCAAGUGGAUGAGGACAGGUAGUGACCCUCCCCUAGAGUGUAGCUGGCCAGGGGAGCAGGGGCUGGGCCCAGCAGUGGGGUGAUGGAUCUCCAUGCACAUGGCACAACACUGUUGCCAGGUGCUGCCUCUCGCUAUGCAGCACCGAUCCUGCUAUCACCCCAAUUGUCCUCCCAACCAGCAGAGCCCAAGUGGCAAGCAGAGCCCGGCAGUCUGCUCCCUGCAGCCACCCCCAGCCCUCACUGUGGAAUGACAACUGCAAGUUCCUCCAGCCAGAGCUUUGCAGAGUCCCACGGAGAAAUGAAACGUGCAGCAGGGAUACAGCGCCAAUGCCCCACCAAGCUAAGAUGGAGGGGUGGGGAGUUGCUGCUGCAAUGCCGGGGCAACCCUUCCUUACUCCUCAAGAGACAUCCCAGGUCUGCUUUUGACUACCGUGGUGUGAAACCAUGUUAAUCUCUAAGGUGUCCCAGCACCACAACCUUGGCCUGGAUCCGCCAUUUGAAGGUCACCUUCUGCUUUCAUAGCUUGGGCACUGAAAGCCUUGACAUCUGUUGGGGACCUGCAUGUGGAAGCAGGGGGUCUCUCUCCUGCUACCUACCAGCUUCUUGCUAGACACCCCCUUUUGGAACUAAAGCAACCCAGAGUUUUUUCAGCUCCAUCAGGAUGAAAGUGGGAAUUGAUCACUCCUGGGGCCUGUAAGAUGGCAUGUCAGCUGCCCCUCCUGCAUCAGGAACUCAGGACACAGUGGGGUAUGAUCAACGCCAGCUGGUCCCCCAGUGCACUCUCUGGAUGACAGCCUAGUGAUCAGAUUCCCAUUCCUAAUUACAAUGAUACAUCAAGGCACAAGCUGGGUUUCCAGGACAGCUAUUCAGCACUGCAGAACAUCAGCAACCCCUUGGCGGGCUGUGCGGUGGCUGCCAGGGAGGCGCUGUGCCUCUACCCCUCUGCACGGCACUUGUGUGGGCUGCCCCAGCGAGCCGAGGGGCUGCGCGCUCCAGGGGUGGCAGGAAGGAGAGCUGCUAAUGGAGUCUGUUGAAGGCAGCAGACAGCACACAAGAGUCCUGCAGGGAAGGGGGGUUGGGAACUAUGUGAUCAGACGUAGCAGCAGUUCUGAGCAGACGGGGGGGUUGGGGCCCCCAAAAUAUGUUCCUGCUCCUUCUACAUCCCCCUUCCUCAAGCCUCCCCUACCCCCUGAUCCUGGUGGCUUUUCUCUCCGCCGAGCUACAAAUUGAUUCUUUCCAUCCUGUUUCCUUUUCCCUUCUCCUUUCACCCGGGAGAGUCUGGGCCCUUUCCAGGGAGGGGAUGGACACAGAGAAGGAGUGGGGGCAGUAGGGCAGCUGUCCCCUUGCAGUGGUCCCUUUGCCUGCCCCAGUAUGAGAUGUGGUCUUGACACAGAUCAUCCCAGCUCUGAGCCUGCUAGCAACAAACUCGCCCAGCCUGGGCCAGCUGGAGGCAGGGUUUGGUCUAUGCACCAGGUGCAGCCAGAGGACUCCACACUAAGCAGAGGAAAUAGCAGGGGCAGCGAUAGGGUCGGGGGUCCCAGAGGGUGGGUGCUGUUGUACAUGAAUGUGGGGGGAGCUAAUCAGAUGCCCAGGGCUGUUUGGGCAUUACCUUGCGGGGGGUCCCACCCAGCCUACAGCUGUCCGUGCUACUGGUGGCUCCCUUAGCUUCAGGCAGCAGGGGGUGAACAAAGGGAAGAGAUCAGCCCAGAGAGACUGGGACAGAGAGAAGCCCCCACUGAUCUCUAGGGCCUGGCCAUGAAUAGCAUCAUCCCCAAAGAGUGGCGAGCUCCAUGGUACGUCACUGUGGACUCUCCCUGGAGCUCUAGAUCUCUCCAUCACUGCCCCAGCUGGCAUCGUCUUGGGGGCUGUCUGAGCCUGCCAGGGGCCUGAGGUGAUGGCUGGCACAAGCAGAAGGAGCGCAAGGCGCCAUCUCUUCCAUCCUACUCAUCAGCCUGAGAACGGGGCCUGGCUCCGGGACUCAUCUAAAUGCUUUUUCUGGCAUGUUAUUGUGAAGCAUGAGUCCUCCAAGAGAAGCAUGCGAUCCAGGUGAGACCAGCCUGCAAGCCACACAGAGCGGAGCUCGAGGGAGGGGGCAGAGCAAGGGCAGGGUGUGUGUGAGAGGGAUUGUGCCGGGGGAAGGAGGAGGGGCAAUUUGGGCAGGGUGUGUGCAACUGAGAUUCAAUCCUGGCACCUGUGGAACCACAAGGCUGCUUAGCUGGCUGCCCUUUCCCCCCAACCCUGUGCAGUCUCUUCCCCUCCCCACCCCUCAAAAAAGCCCAGCUACCUUGUAGCCUCCUUGUGAGCUCCCCGAAUACCACAGCUGCCUGUGUGCUGGGCAGGGAGUGCCCCGGGCAGGCAGAGGCAGCUGCAGGAAGGUAGGAGGUGGGGAGGAAACAGGGAGAUCUGACUCGGGGGAGGUCAGUGCCCUCCACAGGCCAGUUCCCAUCUCUGCCUGGCCUUCCCUGGAGUGACACACAUGUAUGCUGCCACACACAGCUCACCCCUGUACAAUCACUCUUGCACACACACACAUGCAUCCAGUCCAAUUUACACACUCAGUGUGCAGAUCUGUGAGCUGUUGCGUGGCAUGGCACACAGGCUCUGAGUGGCUGUGCUGUGCGCAUGGAGCUGGAAGGUUGCGAGUGUCUCUGCCGGUGUAUGCCCCUCUGGGAGAGGGCAGAGAUGGGGAGUGAGACUGAGCUCGUUGGUACCUUGCUAGGGGUGCGUGCAUGCCUCCGUGCGUAUGAGUGAACAAGUGUGCAUGGGGGUUAGCACAUAGUGUGCAUGGGAGUGUUGCAUACCUGUGUAUGGAUGCAUGUGUGAGCUUGAGAGCAUACACAAGUGUGCAUGGGUGUGUACAUGAGUGUGUACAUUCACACACACACACCCCACUCAAAGACCCAGCCUCCAAACACAGUUGCUCCCCUCCCCGCUUGCCUACCAGAAGAUGUGGGUACCUCUGCAUGUGACAGGAAGCAAAGGGGAUGAGAUCCCCUAAGGCCUGGUGAGCACAGCCCACUGUCCAGACCUAUGUCCGGAUCUGCCAGGAGGAGGCUGUGCCUAGCUCUCCAGUGGCCCCUACAAGGGCCAGGCUGCCAGAGGGAGAAUCAGACCAGGAGCUGUCCCUGGCUGGAGAGGUGCGGGCUGGGCUAACCCAUCUGUUAAGAACAGUUCAGAGCCGCAUGGCGAGUGCGAGGCUGCUGGCUGGGCUCGUGCGUCCUGGCUUGCUGAGAGCCCCACAUGCAGGCCAGGACAUAACUCAGCCCCCUGGCGAGAGCCCCACAUAGGGGCUGGACCAUCACCCAGUUGGGAGAUGCCAGCCUGCUGGGUUGGGGCACCAGGGCUAGAGAACUGAAAAGCUCCCUGUAGCAUUGCCCAGGAACAGAAAGGCAGGGGCAGAAGCAUAGAGCAGGAGCCCUGGGUUCUGUGCACCAGCUUGUGCACUGAGUAGGGUGACCAGAUGUCCUGAUUUUUGGGUCUUUUUCUUAUAUAGGGUCCGAUUAUCACCACCCCCCAUCCCAAUUUUUCACACUUGCUGUCUGGUCACCCUAGUGCUCAGCUGUCCCACGGGCUGUGUGCUGUGUCCUUGCGAGGGGUUGCCUUACUAGAAUGUACAUUAGGGAGCUAUUGCUGACCCACAGCAGGGCCCGAUAGGCAAACUCCAGCAUGCUCAAUGGUGCAGCCUGCUCUGAGUGCCUCACCAUGGCUCUAGGCUUUGACGGGGCCAUGCAGGAGGAUGCAGAAGGGAAGACAGGACAGCUCUGGGCAGUCAGAUCUCCAGUGUCCUGUAUCCUAUUCCCCUGAGCUGGCCAGUCCCUCAACCCUGGGGCCAUAUCAGAGCCAGUGCCCCAGAGAGGGAAAAGGCCCAAGAGCUUAUUCCCCACUCCCAAGCCAGCCAAUGUCUUUUGCAUCUGACCAGAAGAUCGUGUCCCCAUAGCCUGAGCUCCAAACUCUGCAGCCCCUCAGUGAGCAGCUAGAGCCUUGCCUGCUUUCGUGCCCCCAGAUGACACGGUGCGUCGUGAAUAAUUCCUAAGGCAACCUUCCCUUCCCUUAAACCUGUGCAGGCAGAACAGGAAGCCCCCCACCCUCUUUCCCAUUGUAAAUAACAAACAAGGGGCUGGAAGGUUCGCCCACGGGCCGCACAGCUACCUGCACAGAAACGGGCCCGGGGUGUUGGUCUGGGCAACCCCCUGGCCUGUGCCUGCCACAAGGGGAUGCCUGACAGGCAAAUGCAGCCCACCUGGAGCCAUGAGAGAGCUCUGCCCCCCCAUCCCUACCACGUCCCAGGAGAUGUAGCUCCCAAAAAGACAGGACCGAGAUCACGGCAUGCAAGACUGGAAUUUUCCAAGGAAUUUUCCUCCAGGGCAGAUUGGAGAGGCCCUGGAGGUUUUUCGCCUUCCUCUGUAGCAUGGGGCAUGGUUGACUUGAGGGAGGCUUCUCUGCUCCUUGAAGUCUUUGAAUCAUGAUUUAAGG